GUUGUCGCCUGCUGGAAAUUGUGUUAUAACUGACAGCAAUUUGGGUGGCUGGCUAUUUUCUUGUAUUGCACCUUCCCAGUUGAAGGAUACACUCUCAUCGUGUCAUCCUCCUCCCGUUUGUAAAACUCCUAGCUCGAACCCCCGACUGUGUCUCAAUGCGAAAUUUCACCAAAAAACGAUCCCUGCUAAUGCAAACGACAAUAAUGUAUUGAAAAACGUUCGUCAUCGACAUACACCCCCCUUUGGGAGAAUGGUAUCAACCAGCUCUUAAUUCGAUGGAAAAUCGAAACAUGGUGGUUCGUCAUGGUCGCAUCCAAUUUGUACACAGAUCAUUAUGAAAACCGGGGGCAGUUUAUUCAGUGUCUGGUGGCCAUAAAUUUACAUAAAUGAUGUCAACAUUACUCUACGUCAACUUCGAGCCUUGUAUACGACAAAUAAUGUCUUAUUUUCAUGGUGACAUUUAUUGAGGAGAUAUUGACCAAAAGAUGGACGAAGGGUUUUGCUGAAUCUCGAAGGACAUACAACGAAGACUGUAUCCAGCUCCCGAGGAACGACUUCCUCUUUGCAUGCUCUUUGGCAUCUACGGAUUGGUGUGAUAGACAGUGUGUUAAAAACCGUACAAAAUCAAACAUGGCAUCGAGGUUUGCUGACGUCACCAGCCAUCCUGAAGAUAUAGAACCGGUGGUGAAAUUUCGCCGGGGACUGUCAAGCGAUGGUUCGGCACCGGGAGGAGACCCUGGGAGUUACGAGGAUGUGGACCUCGGGACGUUGGGGUCUGACAGCAUGAAGGCUGCCGGGAAAGAGCGACGAAACACGGCCGAGCUGGCGAGCGGGUUCGGUAGCAUCGUCGGGGACGUGGGAGAAGUGGACCCGAACGCUUUGACUCUCUGUGAAGAUGAGUUUACCGUUGAGCAAGCAGUGGAGGCGAUUGGGUUUGGCUGGUUCCAGAUCAAGAUAUCUGCCCUAGUGGGAUUCUGCUGGAUGGCCGAUGCCGUGGAGAUGAUGUUACUAAGCAUCAUUUCUCCAGAGCUCCGCUGUCUCUGGAACCUGGACCGUUGGCAAGAGGCCAUGAUAACAACAGUGGUCUUUAUCGGGAUGUUCACUAGCUCCACUCUGUGGGGGAAGAUCUGUGACAAGUACGGCCGCAGGACGGGACUCAUCAUGUGCUCAGUCUGGUUGUUCUACUAUGGCUUGAUGAGUAGUUUCUCACCUACCUACAUAUGGAUUCUCGUCUUGAGAGGCUUGGUCGGGUUCGGAGUCGGAGGCGUUCCACAAUCAAUAACCCUGUAUUCUGAGUUUCUGCCUUCCAAGAGUAGAGGAAUGUGUGUGGUGUUUACCUCAGUAUUCUGGGCAUUGGGAACAGUACUUGAGGUCCUCCUUGCUCUCAUCGUCAUGCCAACGCUAGGCUGGCACUACCUCCUCUUGUUCUCAUCUAUACCAGUCCUCAUCUUCGUUAUUUGUUGUAAGUGGCUACCAGAGAGUGCUCGCUACUAUGUCGCCUGCGGCAACCAAGAAAAAGCUCAUGAAAUCUUAAAAGCUGUUGCCAUGACGAAUAACAAACCCAUGCCUCUUGGUAAACUCAAGAUUGAAGAAGUAGCGUUGGAGAGGGGCUCGUAUAAAGAUUUAUUUAAAACUAGAGAGAUGACAUUUACAACUGUACUGCUGCUCUUCAUUUGGUUUGCUAAUGCAUUUGCCUACUAUGGAAUUGUUUUGCUCAGUACCGAGUUAUUCGCAUCUGGAAACACAUGUUCAGUGACAACCAACGCAGAGAAAACUUUAGAAUGCAACGACGCUUGUCAAUCCCUAAAUGCUGAAGACUAUGGGCUCCUGCUAUGGACAACUCUGGCUGAAUUCCCAGGUAUCAUUUUAACGUUCAUCAUCAUCGAGGUAUUAGGAAGGAAGAAGACAAUGGGAAUAGAAUUCUUUUGUUUCUCCAUUUUUGUAUUCCUGCUUUUUAUCUGCUCAACGAGGACGGUGUUGACAGUCUUCUUGUUUGCAGCCAGGGGGUUCAUUUCAGGAGCUUUCCAAGCAGCGUACGUUUACACACCAGAGGUGUAUCCCACAGCUACUAGAGCUCUUGGCAUGGGUUCAUGCAGUGCAAUGGCUCGGGUUGGAGCAGUACUUACUCCGUUUGUUGCUCAGGUCUUGCUGGGUGUAUCUCCACAUCUAGCAAUCUCAUGCUAUGGAGGAGUGGCUUUGUUAGCAGCAAUUGCUUGCAUGCUUCUACCUAUAGAGACUAAAGGCAGAGAGAUGCAGACUGUUGUCAAGAAAUCAGUACCAAAGAGUGGAAUGCCAGAGACUGGAACUGCCAGGUGAUGUCUGAAAUAGGAAAGGAAAUGUACACUUUGUAAAUCGACAACUGCUGUAAAAACAAUAAUAAUAUAUGUAACAUUGUUAGUACUUAUUGACAGGGAUUUGACAGGAGCUCUCUCAACUAACCUCCAAAAUCCUCCGUCUGUGUAAACCUUUUCCCUGGGUGUUGCCAGUGUUUGGUGGAUUUACACUUCUAGUGUGAGUCAGGAAAAAAUACUAAAAAAAAACAUUCACAAUUUUAUUAAUGUUCUAAGAUUUGUACCAUCUGGAAUCAGCUGUUUAGAACUACAGGGUCGUUUAACUUUACGGGUGAUCAGAAGUCCAAAAAGGUAUAGUAGCAAAAGAGAGAUUAAAUGGCAAUCAAUUAGCUGUGCUAACAGGUAUAGUAAGCUGUACUCCUGGGUGAAGAGAGGAAACUACUGUAGGGUAAAAACCAAACGUUAUAACUUAAGUUCGAUGACCUUAAGGGUUAUAUCUCCCCACAUGUUUCCAGUUGUACCCCUAUGUAAAGAGUAGAAACUUAGAGUGUUGAAAACUAUUUUAAAAAUGCAUGUGCGAUGACCAACAGGGAUUACUCUUACAAUGGCUAGUGUACUCCUAUGCAAAGGGAAAAAACCUAUGACAAACAAGGGUUAAUCUCAACACCACUGGUUCCCAUGUCUACUCCUGUGCAAGUACAAGAAAAUCAACAGGCUAUGUUAAGGGUCGGUAUCAAGUUACGUUGGUCUUUUCUGCCUGGCUUCCAAGCCCAUGUGGUUACGUUUCAUUCAUGCUUCGAAUAGUGUGAACGCUACCAAAGGCAACAAAAUGACGUCUUUAAGUCAAUGUAUUGACACCGGGUGGCGCCUAGUGUUCUUCUGUGUGCGGUUAAACACGCGGCGGUGCGCUUUGUCUGGUGACGGUUGAAUUUUUUGCUGUCAUUUUAGGGUCCUGCUUCUUGUUCGUCGAGUGUCUCAUCAACAGGAAAUUACAGGACAUAACUGUUGUUUUUAAAACAAUUAUGAGGACCAACAUGGUUUUAUACUCAUCCCAAAGAUUCGCGGGUCUGCUCCUGGCGAAAGAGAAGGAAUUAUGUUUUAGCGUGAAGGUUUCAAAAAUGAGUCAUGAUGACCAAUGUUGACAUGCAUUCCGUAAUUGAUGUGCAAAGUCCAACAGACAAUAAAUGAUGUUCAAUAAUAGCUUUAUGGAGAGAAAUAUCAUUGUAAUUAUAUCAAUGUAUAAUUAAUGUAUUGAUGUAUCUUAGUCUCAUUUAAGUGCCAAUGGUUGUUUUUUAUAAACUUUUAGUAACUGUUUGCGCUUUCGAGUCGUCCAUGAUUUACAGAGAUGGUAAAGCAUUAGUCGUGUAUUUUUAACUUGGGAUAUUACACCGUGUGCGACUUUAUAGCAGGCAAUGGCCAGAUCAGUGGUGACGUCUGUUCUUUUUUAGACUUAUGAACAAAAGUUGUUAAAUGUUUGUUGUGGUGUAUGUUCUCACGCGAUUAUUAUUGCUGGUUCCUGAACAUGGGGCCAUCAUCACGAGCAGUAGUUUGGGGAAUCACUGCAAGAAACACAUAAUUAUAACGACAUUCCCACAAGUCUAGCUCUACGACAAUUAUCUUUGUUUCUUGGAUAUCCCGGCAUGAGAAUUACAAG